AUGGCCCCUCCCAUGAUAACGGGGGAUGCUCUAGCGGUUAACAUUACGGAAAAAACUAUCCAGGUCCUAGGACAACGCUACUCCUUUUUUCGAAAAACCUUGUCCUUCUCCCGUCUAUAUGGCUGCCCACGCUUUAAUUUCACCGACAACUUCGCCCAAGGCUUUCGGUCACAGUCGAUAAAAGAAGAAAGCCACGUCAAACGGCACACGGGUUAG